AUGUCAUUUAAAUCAAUCGAUACUGUUGUUGACGAAAAUGAAAGUGUAAAUUUUCCGAAUGAAUUUUUAAAUUCAUUAGAUAUCCCUGGAAUGCCACCACAUAAUCUUCGAUUAAAGAUUGGUUCCCCUAUUAUUCUCCUCCGUAAUUUGAAGCCACCUCAAUUAUGUAACGGUACGCGUUUGGUCAUCAAAAAGAUUACCGGAAACAUUCUUGAAGCAACCAUUUUGUCUGGGAAGUUUAAAGGAAAAGUGGUCCUGCUGCCACGUAUUCCGAUGAUACCAUCAGAUUCUACCAUACCCUUCAAAAGGCUGCAGUUUCCAAUUCGUUUAGCUUUCGCCAUGUCUAUAAAUAAAUCUCAAGGUCAAACAAUGUCCAUUUGUGGUUUAGAUUUGGAAAAUUCAUGUUUUUCUCAUGGGCAACUAUAUGUUGCGUGUUCACGUGUUGGGAAACUGUCGAAUCUAUUUGUGUUAGCUAAAGACAGGUUAACCAAAAGCAUUGUGCACCGAUUGGUGUUAAAUUAA